AUGGAGAACACAACUAACAGGGGAAUUGUGGUCCUCUCCGGUGGAAGCGCCGCCAACAACCUCGUCGAUGUUUUUGACGCCCUGCGAGAAAGCAAGGAUUGCUUGCUCAGCUAUAUCAUCCCCAUUAGCGACAACGGAGGCUCUUCAUCAGAACUGAUAAGAAUCUUCGGGGGCCCUGGAAUCGGUGAUGUUCGAAGUCGACUGGUCCGGUUGAUUCCUGACUCGCCCGUCAACUCGGAGCGCACGGCGAUUAAGACUCUAUUCAACCAUCGCUUGCCUGCUGAGGCAGUAGCCGCUUCGAAUGAAUGGCAGUCUAUCGUGGACGGCACUUCUGGCCUUUGGAAGUCCAUUGCCCCGGCUAAAAAAGAGUUAAUCCGCUCAUUCUUCAACAUGCUCAAUUUAGAGAUCUUGAAACGUGCCCGGCCACCAUCGUCAACAUUUGACUUCACUUCUGCCAGCGUGGGAAACCUGUUUUUGACAGGAGCGCGACUCUUCAGCGGGUCCUUCGAAAGCGCUAUUUAUCUACUAGGCAGCAUUUGUGGCGUACAAUCCGAUGCUGUGCGCGUUAUCCCAGCAAUCAACUCUAAUUUCUCCCACCAUAUCUCCGCAACUCUUGCCGACGGAACCGUUAUUGUCGGACAGAACAGCAUUUCUCAUCCUAGCGAAGUCACAGCGCUGCAGCCGGACCGCGGCUCGCGGCCCAGACGUCCUAGCUUACUGCUUGCCGACGGCGAUGAUUUGGACGAUACAGAGCCAUCUGAUAUGUCGGAUGCCGUCUCAUACGAGGAAGAUCAUCUCCCUGGUUCUCUUGCCACACUCCGAAACAAGAACAUAUCCUUUAGCAAAACCGAGAACGAAGAUCUGCCUAGCCGAAUCGAUCGCAUCUGGUACAUCAAUCCUUACGGCCAAGAAAUCAGGCCAGCCGCCAACCCACGCGUACUUGAAGCGCUAAACGACGCCCAGGCCAUUAUCUACAGCAUUGGCUCUCUUUACACCUCCAUCAUCCCCGGAAUUAUUCUCCGGGGUGUUGGCAAAAGCAUUAUGAAAAGUCCAGCACGCCACAAGAUUCUUAUUCUUAAUGGGUCGUUGGAUCGCGAGACCGGGCCUCCAUCCGAGCCAUUUUCUGCAUCUGACUUUGUCGAGGCGAUCGCGCGCGCUGGAGAGGAGAGCCGUGGACGGCGUCAUCAUAGAACUACCCACCACGGAUCAACUACUACGCCAUCUUCACCAGAGACAAUCAAACCACAUACGCCUCUUCCAUAUACUGCAUAUGUGACUCAAAUUUUGCAUCUAGAUGGACCCGGCACACCUCAUGUAGACCGGGAACGUUUGGCAGAGAUGGGUAUUGAGACCCUUCGGUUGUAUGGUCGGACGAUUACAGCCAUGGAUGGUGACAAGGAAGUCGUCCUUGGCAUGAGAUACGAUUCCAAUGCUCUGACCCAAGCCCUCGAGGUCGUUUUAGGAAAAAAAGGGGAUGCCAUGGUCCGAGGAGGUGUUGGCAGUGGUCUUGGUCGGAGAAAUACACUUGAUCCUCGGCGGGAGAAGAGACACGGAUAA